UUUAUCUUUCGCUUCUGUACCGCGCCCAGGUUUUGGUAUAAAUACCACCCGGCGGAUGAGUCCAAGACAUACUAGUAACGCCAACGUUCCAAGUAACACAUAUCCAAAAUGAAAUUCCUGGUUGUCGCCGUUACCCUUUUGGCCGUUGCCCAUGCCGAUGUGUCCCACCUGUCGGGCUACAACUACGCUCCCGUGAGCAUCCCAGCUCCGGCUCCAGCUCCUCUGCCCGUGAAGGUGGCCCCGGCUCCAGUGCCCGUGAACACCUACAUUCCCCCUGCACCCGCACCAGCCCCCAUCCAGAUCGAGGUGCCCGCUCCAGCUCCCGCUCCCGCUCCAGUGGCCAUUCCCGCCCCCGUGAAGGUCGCCCCCGCUCCCGUCAACCAGUACAUCCCACCCGCACCCGUGCACGUUGAGAUCCCCGCCCCCGUGAAGGCCGCCCCCGCUCCAGUGGCCGUGCCCGCUCCCGUCAACCAGUACAUUCCCCCCGCACCCGUGAGCAUCCCCGCCCCGGCCCCAGCUCCCGUCAAGGUCGCCCCCGCUCCCGUCCUUGCCCCCGCUCCCGUCCUGGCCCCCCAGCCCGUUCUGGAGGAGAUCGAGCCCGUGUCCGCCGAUGGCUACCGCUACAAGACUGUCCGCCGUGUGGUCCGUCGCCGUUACUAGAGAGCUACUCUUUGGCUGAUCCCGUCAAGGAAAAAGUUUAUUAAAUAAAAUCAAAAUAGAAUCUAA